AUGGUGGUCGAGGGAGGUCCAGUGCUACUGGCGAUGACCUUGGCCGUGGUAUCGGUCGCCUUGGCGGAGAGUUCGUGGCCUUCGUGUGCUGGCAAGACCAUGCUGAAAUCCAGCGGCUUAUCCUGCGAGGAGAAACAGGCCAUCUUAGACGAGCAUAAUCGGCUGAGACAGCUAGUGGCUCUGGGGCAGAUUCACGGACAGCCCAGCGCCGCUAACAUGAAGGAGAUGCUCUGGGACGAUGAAUUGGCGGCGAUCGCGCAACGCUGGGCGAAUCGAUGCGCCGAGAUACAUGACAACCUGAGGAACGUCCGUAGAUUCGCGGUGGGACAAAAUAUUGCCCGAACAUGGACAACGAGGCCCCCGGGACUUUACGACGACCAACCAGACUGGAGACAGAGGAUCUCCGACUGGUUCAACGAAGUGCAACACUAUACUACCGGUUACAGUGAAACUACCGGCCACUAUACUCAGCUUGUCUGGGGUGACACGUACCUGCUGGGCUGCGGCUACUCUUACUACUACGACCCUGCCCGAGGCUACACGAAAAACUACGUCUGUAACUACGGACCCAGCGGCAACGUGCUUGGCUUUCAGCCGUAUCAGUCUGGCCAGCCUGCCUGUGGCAGCUACGGAAUGCUUCAUUCGAAUCGAUACGCAGGCCUUUGUUCUGGAGAACACUACUACCACCUAGGAGCACUGUGCAAUUAUGGUUAA